UCCUUUCAGUAUUGAUGACGUCACAGCGUCAGCCCGUUUAUUAUUUGUGUAGUAAAACAGAAGUCUGAUUCGCUCCUGUAAGCGUUAAUCAAAGGUUAAUAACGGUGUUAUUAAGGGCUUAUUAGAGGUGAGAGGGUUCGUGGUGGCAGUGGAGGUGAGCAGCAUGUCGAGUGUUUUAGCGUUUCAGACUCAGAUCGCCUCAGUGAUGGAGGUGUUCGCUAACGCCGCUGUGGCGGAGAUUUGUAAAGUUGUGGAGGUGAGUUACACCGAGUUGCAGAUGGAGAUGCUGAAGAGCCAGAAGGAGAACACUCUGCUCAAACGGAGGCUAAAGAUGGUCGAAAUGCGCGAGUCGUUUUAUAAAAGAGCCAACAGGCUGAAGGACUCGGCGGGGGGAGAGGGUGGAAGGGUGCGGGUGAAGAUCGGCACAAUACAGAGUGAACGGCGCCCCACUGAGGAAACAACACCACAUGAUCCUGUAAUACACACACCUGCUCAAGAGGAGAGUGUGAUGGAGUGUGUGGAGCAGGACAGACAGUCGGACAUUCUCAUGCUGAAACAGGAGACAACAGAGAGCCUCAGUAAAGAGCGAGACACAGAGACCAGAGACACAACGGGCAGAGAAAACGUCCUGCAGCACGACUCGCUCCAACAACAGGAGUCCGAUGAAGAACGUGACUUUCUGAAGGAGGAGCAACGAGAGGAGCGAGGAGACGCAGAAGCACACGACGGAAGUUGUCCUGAUGAAGGCACUUCAAGUAUAGAAGCUGACAAUGACGUCACUGUUACAGAUGCAUCAUGGGAAGGCAGCAUGUUCGACUCCUCCCCACACAACCUCCCGUACUCUGGAGCUGACAUCAGUGCAGGAACGUCCGUUAACGAUUAUUUCCUGCACAGAGACGCUGUGUGUUCCUACGGCACCGAGGUCAGCUCUGUUAGUAACGCGUCUUUUCCUGAGACUCACUUCCCACACGCUGACAAGCGAAUGGUCUCUCAGUCCCACGCCGGCCCAUUUAAACCCGACAGGUUCGUGGUGUGUAAAUAUUGUGGGAAACACUUCCCUCAUGCUAGCGCUCUAGUCCUGCACCAGCGUGUCCACACGGGCGAGAAGCCGUACUACUGCGCUCUCUGUGGGAAACGCUUCAGUCAGGCGUCCAGUCUGAAGAAACACUACGGCAUGCACCGAGGAGAGAAACCCUUCAGCUGCCUGCACUGCGGAAAACUCUUCUCAGAUCAGAGCAACCUGAAGAAGCACGUUAAUGUGCACACGGGCGAGAAACCCUACGGCUGCGUGCAGUGCGGCAAAACCUUCAACCAGUCGUCCAACCUGAAGACACACAUGAAGAUCCACACGCGGGAGAAACCAUUUAGCUGCGAGCACUGUGGACAGAUCUUCGCCUACAAGAGCAGUCUGGUGAAACAUCAGCAGAGGAACUGCCUUACUCUGCAGAACCCGCUGCAGAACCCACUUCCACAGUUUUAGACCUUUCUGAACCUGGAAGUCAUGUUCUGCAUCCAGCAGUUUUAUAAAUAUACUAUACACAGUGAGGGUCUGUCUGCCCUGCUCUGGAUCUCCGCGUUCUUCCCGCUUUUCCAGAGAACAUUCCUGCGCAGAUACUUCCAGGAGAACACAUCUCUGAAGUGUUCCGGUCUCCUGCCUGAUACAGACACUCUCGGGAUGAUUUCUUUAGGUUAUGGUCCAUUUCCCAAGUGAAGCGGUAAAUACAGAGGAAAUAAAAAAGAAUUUCACUGCAAAUCAGGGUUUCUCUUUUAAUAAAUACCCAACUGUGUGUGUAUAAGAUGAUAGGAUUCAGUAUUAAAAUCAUGAAAGUGGCCACUGGAACGUGUAGUGUAAAUAACUUGCAGUGAGAUGGUUUCGUUUUUCAGUUUCAUGCCUGUAGAAGAAUUAUUUUUUUAAUUCUGAAUGAACGCAGUCACACUCCUGUAAGACUGAAAUGAACAGAGAGCUGCGUACAGUGCUUUAUUAUUAUUAUUAUUAUUAUUAUUAUUAUUAUUAUUAUGAAAGUCCCCUCUUGUGUAAAAAUAAAGUAUUACAAAACUUAAAUACCAAGUUCACUUAUUACAUUUAGGAAUCUGGAUGAAACAGACUGAGAGACGGAUAGAUGCUCGCUGUAAUACUGACUGCAUCCACAGGGAGGCAGCACCACUACUAACCUUACAGGGAAGUUUGUGUGUGUGUGUGUGUGUGUGUGUGUGUGUGUGUGUGUGUGUGUGUGUGUGUGUGUGUGUGUGUGUUUCUGGUGGAACGUUGUCCACAUUGCCCUUAUUAUACACACAAACGAUCUCUCUCUCUCUCUUUUCCCUGUGAAGGAUUUCUGCUUCGUCUGUGGUUCCUGAGUAGUGGAGGGGAAAAAACUGGAUUACAUCUGUCAUUGUCUGUCUCUUUAUAUCUGUAUAUCUCUUUAUAUUUGUCUGCCACUCUUUGUCUGUCUCUGUCUCUUUAUAUCUGUCUGUCUCUAUCUGUCUGUCUCAUUAUAUGUCUUUAUAUAUCUGUCUCUCUGUUUCUCUCUUAAUAUCUCUCUGUCUGUCUCUCUCUCUCUCUCUCUCUCUCUCUCUCUCUAUGUUAGACUGGUGUCUCUGGUUCGACAUUAUGUAGGUCAGUGGUUUUGAGUUACUGAUUAGAAACGUGUGUGUGUGUGUGUGAGUUUGUGUAUGAGACCGAGAGAGAAUGCAUUAGUAUGCUAACAUACAUGCACACACCCUCUCCUGUGAACCUGAACAUAGACAGGAAGUGGGGAAAUUGAGUGACUAAACAUUUCUCAUCAUGACAAAACACACACAGAGAGAGAGAGACAUAUCAGUUUCUAACAUGAUGGCUAUAUAUAUAUAUAUAUAUAUAUAUAUAUAUAUAUAUAUAUAUAUAUAUAUAUAUAUAUAAAUCUGAGCUACUUUCUUUUUUUUCUUGGGGGAAGAGCUUAUUUGUAUCUUAAACUCAAUCAGUUUUUGUUAAGAAAUAUAAUUUCCACAGAUGUGAUUAUGACCUAAAUUUAGAAACUGAGAGUAAACUUUAAUUGUAUAGCAGGAGGGUAUGUGUUUAAAGCUCGGAACAUAACCCUGAACAGUCACAUGCUCAGCUUCCUCCGUCUCUAAUCUGAGUCACUUUUAUAUUAAAGUCAUCUGUAGCACAGCAGGAUUGAAUAAACAACACUGGGUUUUAUACACGUUUCACUUCGGCCUGAAACAAAAUAAGAUAUCAUCAUCAUUUUACAUAUUACUCAAUAAUUUACUGAUUAAUUUGCCACAGAGACUCAGCUUCGUGCUUCAGCAACGAAACAUAACUUUUAUUUGUCUGGAUUAUAAAUACACAAAAGUUUCAUCGUUUUAUUUAUUCACUGUAUGUUGUUGUUAUUGUAAUACAAUUGUACAGCUCCUCUUAGCAAAAUUGUGUGUGUGUGUGUGUGUUAUUGCUCAGCACUUUGAUACAGGAAACAGGAAGUGACAUGCAUGACUUUCAGUUUAUUGUUUUUUUUACUCCAGUCUCCAUAUUUGGGUUGCCAUGUCAUCACAUCUACAUGUCUAUUUUUUCUAAUAAAUUUCAUUAUUUCUAUUUUUACACUUAA